AUGCAAGAUUUCACGAGUAUAUUGAACAUUAUAUUUAUUAUAAGUGGUGGAGUGUUAACAUUCGUGAUACUGUUCAUCUUUGCGAAGAGACAGAUUACAAGGUUCGCUUUAAGAUCUAGGAGAGGCCCUCACGUUCCUAUAGGAACUGAUGCGAAAAAAUGCCUGAAGAAAGAGCUGGAACGUCGUAUCGAGGCGGUGCCACGCAUAAUGCAUGAGCCUCGGCUACUGAGCACAGAGCCAUCACACUACAUCCUGGAACCACAGCAGCCCUACCACUACAGAUUCCGAGCUGUUGAUGAUGUGAAGACUCUAGAGGAAGAGAUAGCUCGUCAAGACCCAGGGUUGCGACGACACCCUAGGGAGUCUCUCAGAGCCUUCCUCCUGUCCUCCCUAGCCGCCCCGCUGGACGGGCGUGGCCAGAAACUGGUGCACCAGUUCUGUGACACCUAUGAGUUUGCCAGACAUCAUCCCGGAGAGUUCGGAGAAGAUGAAUAUACAGCUUACAGUCGGCUACUCUUGAAGUUAUUAGAUGCAGCCCGUCUGUUGAAGAGUGUGGGUACAUGCGUGGUGGUCUCAGGGCGCGGGUCCCCGGUGCGGCGCGCGCGGCUGCUGGACGCGGCCAGGCUGCGGCCCUCCGCUCUGGCAGCGUUGCCGAGACACAAUAAGUUGCCUGCCGCGUUACAUAAACAUUACACAGCGCUUGAGGUUGGUUUAGCUUUGUGUUCAUUGGGGGAUGGAGUUGGAACAUUGCUUUUUUGUCCAGCUUUGUAUCAGUCCACCAUAACCAUUCUUCAUCGUUCAUUCAUUAUUCACAGAACAUGCCAAUAG